GGGGACGGCUCAUUUCAGCCCUGCGCGGGUCUCCUCGGAAGGAAGCGCUGCUGGCUUAACCCGACAAGAUUUGGUGAAGCAACCGAGUCGUGGCAAUGUGCUCAACAUGCUAACAUGUCUCAAUGUUGCUGAUUCAGGAAACAGUGGAAGAAAGAAGAACCAUAAGGCAAAAUAAUCAAGGGAUUCAUGUGGAAUUAUGUGGGAAGCUUGGUGACCAGCUAUCAAGAUAAUGCCAAGGACACAGACUGGUUAUUCCAUCUACAUUUGAGUGAUUCUUCAGUGAAAAAUGGGGAAUUCAGAAAGCCAGUACAGCCUUCAGGGAACAAAAAACCAUACUAAUUCUACACCCAGUGCCAAGCAAAAGCCUUGUUCUCUGAAAAUUCGCAGCAUCCAUGCUAAAGAUGAGAAGUCCUCUUCAACGCAGGGAUGGAAUCACAGCACCAGUGGCACAAACUACAAAUCUCGAGCAAUAACCAGAAGUUGCCUUUCUCAUUUCAAGAAUACUCAGCCUUAUUCCUCUAGACUUGGUGACACAGUAGUGAAAGUUUCAAAGGGUAGCAGCCAUGCGAAACAUAGGACGCACAACUUGGGAAGCUACAGUCAAGGGAGCAAUAAUGCAGUUUUGCCUGAGAAAUUGCACUACAUUGACUUUGAAGCUACCAGCAACCAUGUCGCUUCCAGGGAAUGUAAUGGGCAUUUCUUAAAUUGCUAUGGGAAGAAAGAAAGCCCACCAUCGGAUGACAGAAUGAGUCCAAAAGUCCUCAUUAAGACACUGGGAAAGUUGGAUGGGUGUUUGAGGGUUGAAUUUCACAACAGCAGCAGCAACAGCACAGUCUCCAGAGAGGAUUCCAGUGGACCAGUUCAACUCUUGCGGUACUCACCUACUUUAGAGUCUGAAAAGAAUAAUGUGCUUGAAGUGAAGGAAACUUCUGGCACAGACUAUGUUGGAAGUCACCGUCUGUCAGCCACCGAUUCAAGGCUUAGAUCCAGUAAAGGGAGCUCUAUUAGCUCGGAGUCUUCGUGGUAUGAUGCUCCAUGGGGAAAUAAUGGAGAUAUGAAUGAACUGGAUGGAUCAUACUUGUCCAGGAGCACCCUCGAUGCAAGUAUCCAAGUUGAAUUUCCCCGGAAUGACUGCAAGAAACCAUUGAACCAAAGUUCAUCUCUCUCUUCCCUCCGUGAUUUAUAUAGGGAUUCAAAUCUAAGAAGCUCCCAAACCUCUGAUAUUGGGCUCUCUGCAGAUUAUAUCAAUGCUCAUCAUGCUGGUUUAAGCAACCGUGUUUCAUUUACCUCAGCCAUAGACGUUCCUUCUAAGGUAGAGCACAGGGGGCCUCCACAGUACUCUUCCUACACUCUGCCCUGCAGAAAAUCUGCAACCCUUAAUGAAGACGCAGCAAAGAAGGAAACAUUGAAAAGCCGUAUGCGCAGAAUCAGUGAUUGGACAGGAAGCCUGUCAAGAAAGAAGAGGAAACUACAGGAAACAAAAUGCAAAGAUUCAGGUGAAUACUUGGACAACGGAAUUGAAAGUCUUUCUCCAGACACUCUUGCUCCCCCACAUUUCUCUGGUUCUCUGUGGUCCGCUGGCUCAGGCCAGUUCUUCCCACAAAGAAGUGAGUCUGCUAAUGCAAUCAGCAGUGAUGUCCUGAGACAGAACAUUUAUGAGAACUUCAUGCGGGAGCUUGACCUGAGCAAGACCAACAAUGAAAACACAGACACCUCCACAGGAACAGAGGACUCGAGCAGCGAGUCGCUCGGCUCCUUAGAACAACUAGAUCUGCUGUAUGAGAAAGAACAAGGAGUGGUCCGCAAAGCUGGGUGGCUGUUCUUCAAACCUCUUGUGACCCUACAGAAAGAGAAGAAACUUGAGUUGGUUACUCGGAGAAAAUGGAAACAGUACUGGAUAACACUGAAAGGAUGCACCUUGCUGUUUUAUGAGACUUAUGGGAGAAAUUCCAUGGAGCAGAACAGCUCGCCUCGAUAUGCCCUGUUUGCAGAAGACAGUAUAGUGCAGUCUUGUCCAGAACACCCCAAGAAGGAAAAUGUUUUCUGUCUUAGCAACUCUUUCGGUGAUGUCUACUUAUUCCAGGCUACAAGCCAGACUGACCUUGAAAACUGGGUUACAGCAAUACACUCUGCUUCCGCGUCUCUCUUUGCAAAGAAACUUGGGAAAGAAGAUACGAUCAGAUUGCUGAAAAAUCAGACCAAAAGCCUUAUCCAAAAGAUUGACAUGGAUAGUAAGAUGAAAAAGAUGGCUGAGCUGCAGCUCUCAAUUGUUAGUGACCCUAAAAACAGGAAAGCAAUUGAGAACCAGAUCCAGCAAUGGGAACAGAAUCUGGAGAAAUUUAACAUGGAUCUCUUCAGGAUGCGCUGUUAUCUAGCCAGCUUGCAAGGCGGGGAGUUGCCAAAUCCAAAGAGCCUUUUGGCAGCUGCCAGUCGUCCUUCAAAGAUGGCAUUAGGAAGGCUGGGCAUCUUCUCUGUCUCAUCCUUUCAUGCACUGAUCUGCUCCAGGGAUGAGGCAGCUCUUAGGAAGCGAACACUGUCUCUCUCACAGAGGGUACGGAGCAAGAAAGGUUUGUUUUCCUCCCUUAAAGGACUGGACACUCUUGCAAGAAAGGCAAAGGAAAAAAGGCCUUCUAUAACACAGAUUUUUGACUCAACUGGAGGGCAUGGAUUUACUGGAACACAGCUACCUCAGAAUUCCAGUAAUUCUACAGAGCAGAAAGUAGAUGAAUUUCUAAAUGUGUACUGCCCAGCUCCAGAAAGUUGUUCAAAAGAAAAUACCUGGGACAUCCAGUCACCUGUUCACUUUCCUGACGGCCAAGGAGUAAUGCUAACUCUCAAGCCAGAACACAGAGUAGAUGAUGUUUUGACUCUGGCAUGCAAGAUUAAGCAGCUGGAACCGAGACACUAUGGCUUACAGCUUAAAAGACUCUCUGAUGAAAAUAUUGAGCACUAUGUUCCUGAAGCAUAUGAAUACAUACAAGAUCAGAUAUAUGAUGAAAUAGAAAUCUUUCCUUUGUGUAUCUAUCACGUGCAUCUGACCAAGAAUGAGGGUAUAACUGAUUUUGGAUUUGCAGUCACUGCACAAGUGGAUGAACGUCAGCAUCUCACCCAUAUCUUCAUAAGUGAUGUUCUCCCUGAUGGGAUGGCUUACAGAGAAGGGUUACGUGUGGGCAAUGAAAUCUUGAUUAUAAAUGGGGAAUCGGUGUGUGAUCUUGACCUCAGACAGAUGGAGUUAUUGUUCUCUGAGAAAAGUGUGAAGCUGACUUUGACUACAAAUCUCGUCAGCAAUAAAAGUGCAUUAUGCACUUCGUGGUCAGAUGGUGACAUUUCCAGGGAAGCAAGAAACUUUCUACCCCCUCCUAACCAGUCACAACUCCUGGAGGAAUUUCUGGAUAACUUCAAAAAGAAUACAGCAAAUGAUUUCAGCAAUGUGCCUGACGUUACUGCAAGUCUGAAAAGAAGCAGUACGAAUGGCACUCUGGACCAGGUACCCCAGAAGGAGCAGCUUGAGUUACCUUUCCAGAGUGCUGAGCAGAUUUCAGCUUUGUGUCCACAUUUCCAUGAAUCUCAGGUAAACAGUAUGGAAGGAAUAAAGAACAUUCCGCCUCUGAAGCCACUGGCACGGCAACUUACUGAUGCAGACAGACUUAGGAAGGUCAUCCAAGAGCUUAUGGACACAGAAAAAUCUUAUGUAAAGGACCUGAGCUGCCUCUUCCAAUUAUACUUGGAACCUCUUCAAAGCGAGACCUUCCUCACUCAAGAUGAGAUGGAGUCUUUGUUUGGCAGUCUGCCAGAGAUGCUGGAAUUUCAAAAGGUAUUUUUAGAAACUCUUGAAGAUGGCAUUUCCUCCUGCUCUGAUUUCAACACACUUGAAACACCUUCUCAGUUCCGGAAACUGCUGUUCUCCUUGGGAGGUUCUUUCCUAUAUUAUGCUGACCACUUCAAAUUGUACAGUGGGUUCUGUGCAAACCACAUAAAAGUCCAGAAAGUUCUUGAAAGAGCCAAAACAGAUAAAGCCUUUAAGGCCUUUCUGGAUGCUCGCAACCCAGCUAAACAGCAUUCUUCCACAUUGGAGUCCUUUCUCAUCAAGCCAGUUCAGAGGGUGCUGAAAUACCCGCUGCUCCUGAAGGAGCUGGUAUCUCUGACAGACCCUGAAAGCGAGGAGCAUUACCACCUCACAGAAGCACUGAAGGCAAUGGAAAAGGUGGCCAGUCACAUCAAUGAAAUGCAGAAGAUUUACGAGGAUUACGGUGCAGUGUUUGACCAACUAGUUGCAGAUCAGAGUGGAACUGAGAAAGAGGUCACAGAACUUUCGAUGGGAGAACUUCUAAUGCACUCUACUGUUGCAUGGCUGAAUCCAUUCUCAUCAUUGGGCAAAACAAGAAAAGACCUGGAACUCACAGUGUUUGCAUUCAAAAGAGCUGUCAUCUUAGUAUAUAAAGAGAACUGCAAACUGAAGAAGAAACUGGCAACAAAUGUCCGUACCACGCAUAAUCAUAAUGAUUUGGACUUGUUUAAAUUUCGUUGGCUGAUUCCUUUAUCUGCUCUUCAGGUCCGACUGGGCAAUACAGCAGGAACAGAAAACAAUUGCAUUUGGGAAUUGAUUCAUACAAAGUCAGAAUUGGAAGGAAGACCUGAAACAACCUUCCAGCUAUGUAGCAGUGAUUGUGAAAGCAAGACCAAUAUAGUCAAAGUGAUUCGUUCAAUUCUAAGAGAAAACUUAAGGCGUCAAAUAAAGUGCGACUCACCUUUGGAGAAAACAUGUAAAAGCCGCCUAGUUCUGCAUAAAAAUCGAAUUCCUGUUUCAGCAAGAUUGGCUUCCUCAAGAUCAUUAAAGUUAAUGAAGAACUCUCCCAGUAAUGAAUGGAACACUGAAGCAGGCAAAGUAAAUGAAUUGGAUUCUGAUGAAUGCAGCCUGAGUAGCAGUACUCCAAGUAGCAGUUGUCAUACCACUGAUAGCAUCCUGGAAUCAAAAAAUUUGUCUCCAGUGAAACAUCUCCAGAACUAUGCAUCAGAUUUUUCAAACAGUCCUGUCAAAGAAUCUGACAUUUUAAGUGACGACGAGGAUGACUACCAGCAGAUUCUAAAGAAAGGCAGUCCCACAAAAGACAUAGAAAUUCAGUUCCAGCGGCUGAAGAUUUCCGAGAAUCCUAGUGAUGAUACAGAGGAUAAAUAUUCUUCUGAGAGUGGGUAUGGAGAAGGGCGGAGGGUGGGUGAUCACCCUAAACUAGUCAGGGCACACUUUUGCCCUAUUAAACGGAAAGUGAACAGCACAAGACGCGACAAAGGAACAUUACUGGCAAUGCAAGAACGGCACCAGUCUCUUGACAGCCAUCCAGAUGCUGCAAGUUUUGACCUGAAUUCUAUUUUAGAAAGAGAAUUUAGUGUACAAAGUUUAACUUCAGUGGUUAAUGAGGACUGCUUUUAUGAAACAGUAGACAGACAUGGAAAGUCCUAGCUGCCUGAUUCCAGCAUCACCACAUACAGAUUUACAUACUUUAAAAAGGGUGAUUAUUGUAACUUGAGAAACUAUUCAAUUUAAUGCACUACUGUGUUUUCCACAGAAGUAGUUGUAAAGGCUUAAGUUAUUUUAAUUUAUUGUGGAACAGAAAUUUAUAGAGUGAGCUGUUUACGAUUCAGGGCAGCGUAAUCUCAUUUAAAUAAAAUUAAGGGAUUUUUUUAAACUUUUGAAAAGGGGAUGAACUCUUGUCAAUACCUAUGUUCUUUUGAGAAAGUUCAAGCAACUUUAAUUUGGGGCAUUUAAAGCAAAAAUUAUUUUUAAAUUCAUCUUAGAAAAAUUAAAGUCCUGCACUAAGAUGUUUAUACUUGAUUUAUAUACAUAUGUAAAUAUAAAAAGCCUGUACUGUAAUCUUACUGUAUUUCUCAUUUUUCUCUACAAGCUUGUACAGUAAAAUGCUAAAUGCAA